UCUGGAAGUGCUGCGUGUAGUCCAUGCUCACUGUAGUCACUUGUAGCGGAGGAGGCUGUCAGAAGGCAUUUACUUCGCGGCUGGUGCUGUCAGGAUUUACCCUCUCCUCUUUCACUUGUUCUGCAUUUCUCAGCCACUGGAUGUUAAAAAUGGACCAGCAUCCUGAUCUUCCGACGAGAGAGAUGUCAGAUAACAACACCACAGCUGAAUCAACAGAUCCUCCUCAGAGGUUCACAAGAAAAGAGAUUCUCACCUUAAUAUCAAUGGCGUCUGUGAACUUUGGCUCUAUGAUUUGCUACUCAAUAUUGGGCCCAUUUUUUCCCACCGAGGCAGUAAAGAAAGGAGCCAGUCAGACUGUAGUUGGUCUCAUAUUUGGGUGUUAUGCUGUCUCCAAUUUAAUUGGUUCAUUGGUACUAGGAAAAUAUAUUGUCCAGAUUGGUGCUAAAUUCAUGCUUAUUGCAGGACUUUUUGUAUCAUCAUGCUGCACUAUUAUAUUUGGAUUUCUUGAUCGGGCUCCUGCAGGACCUAUAUUCAUCAGUCUGUGCUUUAUUGUGAGGUCGCUUGAUGCUGUCGGCUUUGGAGCUGCUAUGACAUCUGCUUUUGCCAUCACAGCAAAAAUAUUCCCAAACAAUGUGGCAACUGUUUUGGGUAGUUUGGAGAUUUUCACAGGACUCGGCCUUAUCCUGGGACCACCACUGGGAGGGUGGCUCUACCAGUCUUUUGGAUACGAAGUCCCUUUUUUAAGUCUUGGAUGCUUGCUGCUGAUUAUGGUUCCUUUCAACAUUUACGUCCUGCCAUCCAUUGAGGCAGUCCCAUCGAAGGAUUCAUUCUUUCGACUACUCACCCACGUGAAAACAAUCCUGGUUUGCUAUGUGAUAUUCACUCUGAGUGCAGGUCUGGGCUUUUUGGAUGCCACUUUGUCGCUGUUUGCUAUUAACAGGUUCGGUCUCUCAACUGGCUACGUGGGACUAAUAAUGCUUGGUUUAUCUUUACCAUAUUGUCUGGCAUCACCACUGAUGGGGUAUUUCACAGAUAAAUAUCCUGCCACUAGGGUCGCUUUCUUGGUGACAGGAGGCAUCACUGCUACAAUCGGCUUCUGUCUGCUUGGUCCCGCCCCUUUUCUUCACAUCCAGAGUCAGCUGUGGUUGGUGGUCGUCAUGCUGGGUCUAAUUGGGUUUUCUCUGGGUAUGAGUGCAAUCCCCACGUUCCCUGAGAUCAUCACAUGUGCAUACGAAAUAGGAUUUGAAGAGGGGCUAAGUACACUUGGAAUGGUGUCUGGGUUAUUUGGUGCAGUGUGGUGCACUGGGAUGUUUUAUGGCCCCAUUGUGGGAGGAAUUAUUGUUCAACAUCUCAGCUUUGAAUGGGCUGCUACAGUUCAAGGAGCAUUGGCAUUUUUGGGUGCAUUUCUCAUGUUCGUGUAUUCUCUCUGUCAACGGACAAAACGACCAAGGGUCCAAGAAAACAGUCAACGAGCAGAUGAAAGAACCCCUCUCCUAUGAUCCUGUGUUCCAGCUCCAAGUUACACAACUUUUUAAACAUCUUAUCAGCCAUUUUUUGUUAUCAGGCUGAUAUUGUUUUAAUGGUGUGAGUCCUUUGGUUAUUUAUAUGUGGUUCUAGGGAAUGCAUUGUAGUAGGAACUACCCAACAGGUAUUUUAAGUAUUUUUGCAGGUAUUUAUAA